AUGUAUGCUAUCGAGCAAGAAAGGGCUCAUCCGGUGCCCCCGCCACCGCCGCCGCUCUCCAUGGACCGGAUGCCUGGUCCUCCGGCCGCGUACCCAACGCCAGGGACAGGUCCCAUGCGAUCGACCGACCAUCUCGCGCCCGUUUCGACGUGCCACGAAGGUCGGAUCUGGUCCCUCCAGGUCGUUCAACAACCUAUCCGGGCGCGCAUGUGUGGCUUUGGUGACAAAGACCGAAGACCUAUCACCCCGCCACCUUGUAUCCGAUUGAUCGUGCGAGACGAACACACAGAGAAGGAGAUUGAUAUCAACGAAAUCGACACAUCUUUCUACGUCCUGACGGUGGACCUAUGGAACGCCGACGGUACGAAUGAAGUGAACCUUGUGAAGCACUCAGCCACCUCCCCUUCUAUCUCCACGGCCAUGUCCUCCUCGUAUCCGCCGCCCCCUCAGAACAUGUCGCCAACCUACCCCGCCUAUGGCCAGAAUGCCUAUGGGCAGCCCGUGGGGUACCCGCCGAUGAACAACUAUUAUGGCCAACAGCAGAUGUAUCAGAAUCCCUACGGGCAGACGGUGGGGUACCCACCCUAUGGCUAUCCGCAAGGAGGCCAGAUGCCCGCGGCCAUGUCUCCGGUGCCUCCCAUGUCCGGCGGUCAGGGGGGCAUGUUCACCCGGAAUUUGAUUGGCAGUCUGAGCGCCAGCGCUUUCCGGUUGACCGACCCCGACAACAAGAUCGGCGUUUGGUUCAUUCUCCAGGAUUUGAGUGUGCGAACAGAAGGCACUUUUCGCCUGAAAAUGAGUUUCGUCAACGUCGGCACACAAUCCCCCGAGAGCGCCAACGGUGCGCCAGUGAUCAACCAUGGGUCUGCCCCCAUUUUGGCCUCCGUCUUCAGUGAACCGUUCCAGGUCUUCUCCGCCAAGAAGUUCCCCGGUGUCAUUGAAAGCACUCAAUUGAGCAAAUGUUUUGCCCUGCAAGGCAUCAAAAUUCCUAUCCGCAAGGAUGGAGUCAAGGGCCCCCGUGGCCGGGGUGGAGAUGGAGAUGACGACGAUGGUGACGAUUUCUAA